AUGCCUCUCGUCACCACAGACCCUCUGGCCUCGACAUCUAGCAUCGGUUCCGCCUUGCCGCAAACCAAUGACGGACAGAAAAGCGCAGUCGACAAGGCCGCAGAAAAGAUUACCUUCGCGAGCAAAAUCAUCAAAGAUCUAUCCAUCCUUCGCUCCGAUCCCCGCUAUGUUGAGCAGACUCGCUCCGCCGACACGGGCCAGGCCCUCCAGUUCCGACUCAACAGCAUGCCGCCCCGUCUUUGUCCCGAACACGAGGCAACCAAGCUGUACAAUUUCUUCAUAGCUUGGACGCAGGAGUGGGAAAGAGGCAUGACCGGUCUCGCUGUUGAAAACCGAAUCGGCGCGUCUCUUGGCGACGUCGUUCCGCCGUGGGACUUUGUCUGGCUUGACGAGUACAUCUGCGAUCCCUCGGUCCCCACCCUCGACAAGGUCCCCCCUGUGCCAGACGUCAACGGUCACAGAAUCACCGAUGAGCUCUGCGUCAACAAGGGCUGCGAUUGCGACAACGACGAGUGCGAUCCCAGAACCUGCGCAUGCCUUCGCAGGGCGGCAGAGUGCUACCCGUAUCAAGAGUCGCACUACCAGCACAUGUUUACCCCGCCCACCAACACGCAAGUGCCCAUUGUGCCCGAGUUCGCCUACGACAGAGAUGGUCGUCUCGUCAACCAUUUGCCGUUCGGUACACCCAUCUUCGAGUGCAACAGUUUGUGUUCUUGCUCAUCGUCAUGCCCCAACCGCGUGGUUCAAAAGGGUAAGUCUGCCAAACUCGCCUUCUUCAAGACUGAGGGAAAAGGUUGGGGCAUCAAGACGCUCGACUACCUUCCCAAAGGCUCAUUCGUCGGCACAUACGGCGGCGAGCUCACCAACGAUGAGGAGAGCGAGAGGCGCGCCAAAGUGUAUGAAGGCCUGCUCGGGACCACCUACCUCCAGGUUCUCGACAGCCAUAUAAUCAAGGUCCACCUAACUCGUCAAAUCAUCGAGAAGGAGCUCGCGGAACGCAAUGAGCUCGACCGGUAUCGCGAAAGCAGGUCCGGUAAGCGCGAGCUUGUCAGGCUCAUCACCCACGCGACCGACCUCAUCGAAAGGUACGACGAAUACUACCACUAUCUCGAAUCUCAUCGCGACGAGGAGCCUGGCCUGUUCGAAGCCGAGCUCAGCGUCAAGGAAGGGAAACAAGACAUUGCCAGCGCCAGCCACCUGCUCACACGCGCUACCAACAAUGCCCACAAUCGUGCGCAGGACUGGGCGUUCCAGCAGCGCGCCAAAGCCAUCUCGCGCAACCCUGCACUCGCAUUCCAAGAAGCACCGAUCCGGCCCGAGACCGACUUCAACGAUCCGCUCUAUGAUUUCCUCUCCCUGAGCGCAGCCGAGCAGCAACAGGCGCGCAAGAUGCGCAACAUCCGUUCCGACAUGGAAGACGCCCAGCAAGUCACGGUCGACUCGGCGCUUUGGGGUAACCACACUCGCUUCUUCAACCACUCGUGCGAUCCCAACAUCUACCACGUCCCCGUCUACACGGACAACGCCUCUAUCAUGCGUCCACUGCUGGCGUUCUUUACGUACAAGAAGGUCAAGGAAGGCGAAGAGCUUUGCUUCAACUAUGCUGGAGGUCAUCCUGAGGAAGACAAGGACGUUGGUGCUGCUGCUGCGGCUUCCUCGACACCGCUCAGCCCUGCCAAGGCGAGAGGAAGACACAAGGCUGCCUUGACCAUGGCUGGUGCUGGGGCGGAUACGACGGCGACCUUUGCGGCCGCUUCUCAGGAGGAGGCUGCGGUGACGAGCGCUGGAAAGUUGGUCAUUAAGUGCAGAUGCGGUGCCAAAAAUUGUACUGGGCGUGUGUUCGCCUAG